GUAUUGUUUUGGCGUAUCCAGAUUCCGGGGCAGGCCGGUAAAAUACCCGGAUGUGAUAGGCCAUGUGCAGUCCUCCGCAAGUAGCACCACACGACUGUCCUCUCGUCAAGUCGUUAUAUCAUUCCGUCUUGCGGACGUUGUACGAGCUACAGGCGCUAACCUCACAGACAUGUUUCGUUUACCAGCAGUCAUGAAGCAGGUGAGGCCCGUGUGCCGGGCACUGGCCCCUCAUCUCACCAGGGCCUACGCCAAAGAUGUGAAGUUUGGGGCUGACGCUCGGGCCCUCAUGCUGCAGGGGGUAGAUCUGCUGGCUGACGCCGUGGCUGUCACCAUGGGCCCAAAGGGUCGAACCGUCAUCAUUGAGCAGAGCUGGGGUAGCCCGAAAGUCACCAAGGACGGCGUGACGGUGGCAAAGAGCAUCGACCUAAAAGACAAGUACAAGAAUAUUGGUGCUAAGCUGGUCCAGGACGUGGCCAACAAUACUAAUGAGGAGGCCGGCGACGGCACCACCACUGCCACCGUGCUAGCCCGUGCCAUCGCCAAGGAAGGCUUCGACACAAUCAGUAAAGGUGCUAACCCAGUGGAGAUCCGUCGUGGUGUCAUGAUGGCGGUGGAAACCAUCAUCAACGAGCUGAAGAAGCUCUCAAAGCCUGUCACGACCCCUGAGGAGAUCGCACAGGUCGCUACGAUCUCGGCCAAUGGAGACGUGGAGAUUGGUAACAUCAUAUCCAAUGCCAUGAAGAAAGUCGGCCGCAAGGGAGUCAUCACUGUUAAGGACGGGAAGACCCUGAAUGAUGAGCUAGAGAUCAUUGAGGGAAUGAAGUUUGACCGUGGCUACAUCUCCCCAUAUUUCAUCAACACUGCCAAAGGUCAGAAGUGUGAGUUCCAGGACGCCUACCUGCUGCUGAGUGAGAAGAAGAUCUCCAGCGUCCAAAGCAUCGUUCCCGCUCUAGAAAUUGCCAACCAGCACCGCAAACCUCUGGUCAUCGUAGCUGAAGACGUGGAUGGAGAAGCUCUGAGCACUUUGGUUCUCAACAGGCUGAAGGUUGGUCUGCAGGUCGUUGCCGUUAAAGCUCCCGGUUUUGGUGACAACAGGAAGAAUCAGCUGAAGGACAUGGCGAUCGCCACUGGGGGCACUGUUUUUGGAGACGAGGCGCUGGGCCUGACCCUAGAGGACAUCCAGGCUCAUGACUUUGGGAAGGUCGGCGAGGUUCAGAUCACCAAAGACGACACUCUGCUACUGAAGGGUGGUGGCAGCGCAGCCGAGAUCGAGAAACGGGCAGCAGAGAUCGCUGAGCAGCUAGAGAGCACCACCAGUGACUACGAGAAGGAGAAACUCAACGAGCGUCUUGCCAAGCUGUCGGACGGUGUCGCCGUCCUCAAGAUUGGAGGAACUAGUGACGUGGAGGUGAACGAGAAGAAGGACCGUGUGACGGAUGCUCUGAACGCCACCCGGGCUGCUGUGGAGGAGGGCAUCGUACCUGGAGGAGGCUGCGCCCUGCUGCGCUGCAUCCCCUCGCUGGACACCAUCAAACCUGCCAACUCUGACCAGAAGAUCGGUGUGGACAUCAUCAGGCGGGCACUGCGUAUUCCGGCCAUGACCAUUGCCAAGAAUGCAGGGGUGGAGGGUUCUCUGGUGGUGGAGAAGAUCCUGCAGGGGUCGGCCGAGGUUGGUUAUGACGCCAUGCAGGGAGAGUACGUCAAUAUGGUGGAGAAAGGGAUCAUCGACCCCACCAAGGUGGUGAGGACGGCGUUGUUGGAUGCCGCUGGAGUUGCGUCCCUGCUCUCUACGGCUGAGGCAGUCGUCACCGAGAUACCCAAGGAGGAGAAGGAGAUGCCGGGAGGCAUGGGAGGCAUGGGCGGCAUGGGUGGCAUGGGCGGGAUGGGAGGCGGCAUGGGUUUCUAAGCCGGAUUUCCUGACUUCGUCUACUUUGUGUACAGACUAAGAAUUACAAAAAAACGACAACAGAAUAUCGGGAACUGGAGAAAUCUGCUCCACUGUGACUUUAACCGACCCGCAAAGUAUGUUGGAGCUGGAAAAGAUGGCCGACAACUUCUCCGAAGACUUCUAGCCCCAAACCUCCUCACACCUCCAUGUUGGCACGAAACCCACUAUCAUGGAAACUGCUCAAAGAAACUCUAAUAAUAAUAAUAAUAAUUAUAGAAGAAAGAGAAUUAACAGUGUUGGUGUUGAAGAAUAAUUCUGGUUUAAACCAGAUGUGUUGAGUCUCCAUGGGUCAAGCUAACGUCUCCUAGCUUGACCCAUGGAGACACAAAACCUUUAUUCGACCACUUAACGAGGGGUCUCUGUCCUUUAUUUUUCUUGUAGUGUUUCAUAAUUGUUUUUUUAUAUAUAUACAUAUGUGUAUGUCAUCAGUGAUUUUGUUUAAUUUCAACCUGUUUUCUUACAGACUUAAAGCGUUUUUUUGUUUCCUGAUCACAGCUGGAUGAAUCGUGCCUGAAAUGAGCCGAUGUGGAGUGUCUCAUGUUUCUUCUGAAUGUUUACCGAGUCAUCUUCAUGUCUGAGGAGGAGGAUAAAGUCUGUUAACUGAAGAGCUCCGUCUCCUCCGACUUUGAGUAUGUCACUCUCGUGGAGCCGUCAGAAGGGGGCGCAUUUGUACUUUAUUCCAAACAGCGUUGAUAUGUUGCGUGUAGACGUUAAUUUUCUUUUUUUUAUUUAAUAAAUCUGUGUUCAUGUUU